AUGGCUACUAGUCGUUUGGAAAGAAUUGGCACAAUAUUCUCCAGAGUCGAAGGACUUCUUACACGUGGAGCCAUGAAGCCAGAUGAUAGGCCGCUUUGGUUCGACGUGUACAAAGCUUUUCCGCCUAUUGAAGAACCCAAGUUUGCAAGGCCGAAACCUGAAGCAAAACCUAUUAGAGAAAUUUUGUACAAAGAAGAUAUCGUGAGAGCAAAGUUUCAUGUUGCGGGACACGGCAUAGGAAUCAAUAUGUUAUCACAAGUCGGAGAGACACAAAUUAAAAGAUUAAUUCAACAAUACGAAAAAUUGAAAUCUGAAAAUGUACCUGAAAAUAACCUCAUCGAAAAAUCAGUUGCCGCUGUUUCUGCGGAACCACCAUUAUCUGUUACUAUAGUUAAAAGUGUGAAAAGUAUCAGCAAUCCGUGUAAGAUGUUACACUUCCGUCUCUUAAAUGGUAAAGCCUGCCAAUACUUUGUAAAAGAGUCUACAAAGGUCAGUGCC